CCGAUCUCAUCAUAAUCGUCUUAUCUAAACAGUAUACACGCUUCCUCGGUCUCCGUGAACCACCCCCUCCCCCAAAUUCCGGAGUCUGCUCCUCUCGCUCAGGUCUUCACUCUCAUUUCACCGUCUUCUUCACGGCCGUGCAUCUCUCGAUCCAAUCCCAGUGUGCUCGGCAGUAUGGCAUUGGUAACCACUGCAGAAGUAUGUGAUGCAAACGCACCGCUAAUUGUGGGAGGGGAACUCCGUGCCCUCCAGCCUGGUUUCCAGAUAUAUGGCAGGCGCCAUGUUUUCUUUGGUCCAGUGGUGACCCUGAAAGUGUUCGAAGACAAUGUUCUGAUCCGGGAAUUUCUGGAGGAGAAAGGGAAUGGCAGAGUUUUGGUGGUGGACGGCGGCGGCAGUUUGAGGUGUGCAAUCUUGGGCGGCAACCCCGUGGUCCAAGCCCAAAACAACGGAUGGGCUGGGAUUGUGGUGAACGGGUGCAUAAGGGACGUCGAUGAGAUCAACGGGUGUGAUAUUGGGGUGAGGGCUUUGGCUCCCCAUCCCAUGAAAGCCAACAAGAAAGGUCACGGGGAGAAGCACGUCCCCGUCACCAUGGGUGGGACCCGCAUAUGUGACGGGGAGUGGCUUUAUGCAGACACCGAUGGCAUUCUCAUCUCCCGAACCGAGCUCUCAGUUUGAGAAGAUGAUGAUGCUUGUUGGCUUAUAUAGUAAGCAGCUACAAAACUUCCAACUUAUGGAUAUGUAAUUACAUUAUCAAUUUUAUUAUUAUUAUUAUGCUAUUUCUAGAACUUCAUUUUCCACUAUGGCGAUAUGACCCAGACCCAAUCUAGGCUAGCUGGGCAUUGCUUCAUCUGAAUUUUAAAACUGUAAUCUUAGCCUGCACCACGUUAUGCUCGUUGACUUGUGAUGAUGGUUUAUCUUUUUCCGAAAGACAGUUCGUUUCGAAUAACAUAUAUAGGACAUCUGGGAUGUGUACUCCCUAUUAAUUAUGACAGUGUUUGAUUAUUAGUCAGUUUUUUUUGUUAUUGUGUUAUUUCUUACUUGUAUUAUACUCUCUUUGUCCCAAAUUAAAUUGCAUAUUUACUA